UUGCCCAUGGAACACCGAGCUUGGCGAUGUGGACAGAAACUGCAGCACUCAGGUCACCAGCCCCCAGACCCAAGAACCCAGGGAAGCCGAGCAAGCAUUUCCUUUUCUCCUCCACCUGCUGCAUCCUUCUUCCCUUCCUACUCAUCUUGGGCUUCUCUGGUUGGUUCCUGUGGGAGCACAGCAGCCCUGUCUCUGUCCUGGGGUUGAUGGAGCAGUGGCAGCUGGGCUGGAGCCAUGUCGCCAGCCUGUGGAGAGAGCCAGAGGAGGAGUGCAGCCCACAGUGCAGUUUGGUGCUGGUGGAAAGCAUCCCUGUGGGCCUGGAUUACAACCACUCCAGCCCCAGCCACCUCCCCAUUUUCCAGGCCUGGAUGGACCUGUUGGAUGCUGCCAACCACUCUGUGGACAUCGCAGCUUUCUACUUCACUCUCCAGGACUCAGACACGCAGGAGGAAGAACCCUCAUCCUGGCAGGGCAGGCAGGUGUUGGAGAAGCUGCGGGACCUGCCUUCUCGGGGGGUGAAGCUCAACAUUGCUGUGAAUAGCCCCCAGAAGUCUGACCGGGACACCGAGGAGCUGGCCAACAAUGGUGCAGACGUAAAGUAUGUGGAGUUGGAGCGCCUGACUGGAGGAAUUGUGCACACCAAGUUCUGGGUGGUGGAUGGCAAGCACGUCUACAUUGGCAGCGCCAACAUGGACUGGCGCUCGCUGACACAGGUAAAGGAGCUGGGUGCUGUGCUCUACAACUGCAGCUGUGUGGCUGGUGACCUGCACCGGAUCUUCGCCAUGUACCGUGCAUUGGGAGGGCAGGGGGCCUCACUCCCGACGGUGUGGCCGGCUUAUGUCUCCGCGAAGUCCAGCCUCAGCCGCCCCCUGAAGCUGCAGCUCAAUGGCAGCAGUGCAGAACUGUACCUCUCCAGCUCCCCUCCCGCCCUCUGCUCCACUGGCCGAACCCCAGACCUCACAGCCAUUGUCAGCACCAUCCAGGAUGCCCAGGCCUUUGUCUACAUCUCGGUGAUGGACUAUGUGCCCCAGUGCACCUUCUGCCAGCCUAAGAGGUUCUGGCCGGUCAUUGAUGAUGCCCUGCGUGCUGCGGCCUGCAACAGGCACGUGAAGGUGAGGUUGCUCAUUAGCUGCUGGCAGCACUCGGACCAGUCCAUGUUUCUGUUCCUGGAGUCGCUCAGUGUCCUCAGCCGGGAGCCUCUGGGCUGCCCGAUCGAAGUGAAACUCUUUGUUGUCUCCACAUCGGUUGAGGAGAUACUCAUUCCCUUCUCCCGUGUCAACCACAACAAGUACAUGGUGACCGACCGCCUGGCCUACAUUGGCACCUCAAACUGGUCUGAGGAUUACUUCACCAACACUGCAGGGGUGGGACUGAUCGUCAACCAGAGUGAGGCUGCUCCUGGGGUUACCCAGCUCACCCUGCGGGAGCAGCUGGAAGCUGUGUUCCAUCGAGACUGGAGCUCUCCCUACUCACAGCCACUCAGCCCCAAGCCCAGCUGUGCCACCAAGAACUGAGGGCAGUUCCCCGCCCGAAUGCUGGGCCAGGCCCAGGACCUCUCCUCAGCUGGAUGUACAUAUGCAGCCUCCCUUGGAAAUCCAGCGCUGUGGCAGCUUGCACCAGACUGCUUCUGCUCCCCCCCUGCUCCGGGAGGGAUCCCACUAGCCAAAGAAGGACCAGUGCAGGCAGCAGCAAUGAAACACCCGAGGGGGCCCUGGAUGCCAGCAUGUGACUUGUCAGCACUAGUGCCGUGGUGCUUGCCUCCUGGCUACACUCUGAAGCUGGGGGUGUGGGGCCCUGGCAGGUGGACAUUAGCUAAAUCUCAGGCAUAGGCACCAACUUGGUGGGUGCUCU